AUGGCAUAUUCCGUUAAGAGUGUGGUUUCUUCGUUGCUGUUGGCGGCUACCAGCCACGCUGCGGUGCUGGCCCCGACCAAUGACAUUGUGUUCCCCAAGGGUGAUAAUGUUCAGAACCCAUUGAUUUACUCUGGAGGAAAUACUCCGUAUUAUGCUGGUCCCAAUGUCAAUGGUGUUGAUAACAGUGUGCCUGACAAGUGCACCGUUCAACAGGCUGCCUAUAUUGUGAGACAUGGAAGCCGAUUCCCUGAUACUGGUUCUUACAACUCCUGGGUUGGUAUUCAGGAGAAGAUUCAAACUGCCGUCAAGGGUGAAGGCUUUAAAGCUCGCGGAGAACUCUCUUUCAUUUCAGAAUGGAGUCCAGUGUUGACCAACCCGACCCUGCAAAUUGCCCAGGAGUCUAUGACGGGUUGGAAAGAGGCCACCGAUCUCGGAUACCAGCUCAGAGCUCGCUAUCCCGAUUUCUACGAGGAUGGUAACCCAUUCUACGUGUGGGCUAACCAGUACAAGAAUCCAAUCAACGAGUCUCGAGUUGUUCAGACUGCUCGUGCCUUCGUCAAUGGCUACCUGUACGAGUAUGCCGAUACCUACGGCUCGGUGGUCAGCGUGAACUCCACUGGCUCUGUCAGCGCCAUUGGUAACUCCCUGGGCCCAUCUGACUCUUGCCCACUUUUUGCAUCCACUUCCAGCGGAGGCAACAAUGUUACCGACUUUGAUGCCACCUGGGCACCCAAGGCCCUCAAGCGCCUCAACUCACUGGUCAGCGGCAAUCUGACUUUCGACGAGACCGACAUCCUCUUCUUCCCCUACCUGUGUGGAUAUGAGAGUCAGAUCACCGGUAAUCUUAGCCCCUGGUGCAAUGUGUUCACCGCCGACGAGCUGCGCAACUACGCCUACUCGCAGGAUCUGAGCUACUACUACAGCGUGGGCCCUGGUGCUGAUGGGCCCGCCCCCAUUCUUUUCUUGCCUUUCCUCAACAGCCUGGUGACUCUGCUCGGUAAGGGUCCCGGCCAGACUGGUACCGGUGCGGAUGGCGAGAGCUUCACGGUCCCUAACCUGAUCAUGGCUUUCCUGAACGAUAACCAGAUUGCCGAGAUGACUGCUGCUAUGGGCAUCUUCGAUAACGAGGCCCCUCUUUCCGAUACCCACAUCCCUGCUAAUCACCUGUACAAUGUGGGCCACUUUAUCACCAUGCGCGGUACCGUUGCCUUUGAGGCCCUGAAUUGUGAAGUCCAAUCGGGACACAAGACUUCCAACGAGACCUAUCUUCGGGUGUUGUUCAACGAUGCUGUCUACCCGAUUUCCAGCUGCAAGAAUGGUCCCGGUAAGAGCUGUCUCUUAUCCGAGUACGCCACUCUUAUCGAGAAGAAGAACAAGGCCGCUGGAAACUUCAUUGAUUUCUGCAAUGUAACCGAAACUGGCCACCCUGAGACUGUUGCUGGAGCCAGUUUCUUCACUGAUCUCUCCUUGGACUUCUUGACUUUUGUCAACCCUUGA